ACAAUUUUGUGCCUCGUUCUACACACUGUCGGCAGUUUGUCAUGACGAUUAAUCACAGAUAGAUAAUAACGCUGGAACUUAUUUCAUCAAUUCAUUUUAUUUUCAUUGAUUGUGACCUCUUAUAGUGAAAUGUUGUGGAACGGUAAAAGUGUUGAUUAAUUCAUGCUAACAAUAAAAGCAUCUUUUUAAAUCUUUCUUUAGCUCAUUUUAAUUUAUGACAUAUUGAAGACUUCCUUCUUUAAUCGUGUGUAUCAGCCGCGUCCUUCGUGAAACUCGUUGUACGUCACAAAGCUAUGACGUGAGUUGUGAAACGAUGUGAAACGAAGAGACAAGAUGUUAAUAUUUCCCGUAUCGUUUACAAAUUCCUGUGAUGCGUCGUGGCACAUUUAGUAUUUUCUUUUCAUGACAUACUUCUUACGGGGAACGUGAAGACACAUAGGAACGCAUUUAUUCGUGUUAUAAUUCCAAUUCCAAUUGUGAUUUGUAAUUCCAAUUCCAAUUCCAAACGCGUGGCAUUACCAGUCUGAUUCUACUGUAGAAUAAUUGUGAAAUUAGCAUUUAUGUUACAAAUGUUUUCAUGACUAUAAAUUUUACGUAUCGCGUGUAUAUAUGGUGUAGUGGGUGGUAUACAUAAAGAAUUUGGUAAUCGUGAGAUUUCUGAGGAGUUUACCCAUUCAUCCGUAUAUUUCUUUCAAACAGAAUUGAAGGAAACUCAGUUAUACAGACGCCAUGUUAUAAGCUGGUAAUCGGUAAUCAGAGACGCGGACAAAGUGACUGCGGUCGACAGAAACGAUGAUUUGUGCGAGGAGCGUGUUAAACAGAUAUUUUCUUUCUGCAGUCCAUGGGUAUGGUGACAUUGGUGCAGGAGCAUGAACAAACAACAAACGAAAAUCAAUAUCUAAAAAAUCGGAAUCAAAUAAACAACGCCUCUAUUGAAGAUCGUGAUAACAAGUACUGUCGUGAGAUAGUGCAUUCUUCUGUUGAUACUGCGAUCAGCGUUGCUGAAAAUGGCAGCCUUGCCGGUUCCUCUACGCAGUGCAGUAACAUAGAAGAUGACAGUGAGGACGAUGAAACGGAUAUUGAUGAAGGAGAUUGGGUACCAGAUUUAUCUGUACCAACGGUGUUUCAACACCAAGAAAUAAUUACCACGGAUGGCAAUGUGGUGCUUCCAAAUGCAGAUGUCCCGAAUUUUGGUGAUGUGCGCGUAAAAAAUUCAACUAACGUGCAUCUUGGUAAUAAGACCUUUUAUAAAGGUCCAGUAACAAUAAAGCAGUUUGUUUACACGAAUCCGACCUCGAUACAGGAAUCUGAUACGGUGCAGAGCGAUAAUGUUCAAACAUCGAAUGCAAAUACGUUUGAUUUGUCAACUGUUAAAGGAAAUUCGUCUAAGAACAACUCGAUCUUAUCACAACGUCCUAAUCUCAACGAUUGGCGGAACAGUGAAUGCAGUGAAAUUAAUAUAAUAUCUUAUUAUAGAACAAAAAAUGCUGGUGAUAGAUUAAUAAAACGGUUAUGGACUUGGCAAUGUGCAGCGUUUUUAUGUAUGUUAACUCUAGUUCUUUUGGUAACAGUUGGUGUCAUUACCAAUGUAUACCUUAUACGCAAUUCUACUAUUCCAUCAACUCCAAUUUUUCCGCAAAUUCCAGAUUCUGGAUUCGGAGAUAAAAUAAAAAAUGUUCGUUUCAUUGAAAGAAAUGAAUGGGGUGCUCAACCACCUGCAACAGGUUUAAUAAAGAUGAAUCUUCCAGUACCGUAUGUGAUUAUUAGUCAUACGGUAACUGAAUUUUGUGAAACACAAUCAGAAUGUACAUUCUUUGUUCGAAAUAUGCAAACAUAUCACAUAGAAUCUAGAAAGUGGUCAGAUAUUAGUUAUAAUUUUCUCGUUGGUGGCGAUGGAUACGUAUAUGUUGGUCGCAGUUGGGAUUACAUGGGUGCUCAUGCUUUUGGAUUCAAUAACAGAAGCAUAGGUAUUUCUUUUAUCGGGACAUUCAACACCGUAGUGCCACCUAAAAGUCAACUAUAUGCUGCACAACGAAUUAUCGAACUGGGCGUAGAAAAUGGUAAAAUUGCACCGGAUUACAAAUUAUUAGGACAUCGACAAGUCUCUCGGACUUUAAGUCCAGGCAGUGCACUAUACAGUGUUAUUCAAACUUGGCCUCAUUGGUCAUCAACACCAUAAAAUAUAUUUUUCUUUAUAUAAUAUACAAGGAUAUCUCGAAUUUAUUAGUUUAUGCUUACUGUUUGAAAUUCAAAUGGAUAUUUGUAUAACUUUGCAUUCAUGUCUUGUAAUAAUUUAGUAUGUAAUUUUACUAAUAAAAUUUGAUAAAAUUUAAA